AGGAUCUCACUUCUUCACCACAACAUUAGAGAAACUACCGCAAACUGGAUUUGUUUAAUGACUUUUCUGCAAUCUGCUUUUGUUGUACAUAUUUGUUUUUAACUUUGUAGGCGUUCAGUGAGACCAUUUGUACCUUCAAGCAAAGGAAUUGUUUUUGGUUUAAUUUACAGAGAGGGAGCUCAGAAGAACUCACUGUAAAUCACUGUCAACGGAAAGAGAGGGAGAAUCAAAACUAUUGCAGGAUAGAAUGGCGUCAGUUGUCUCAGAAUAUUUCAAAUUUAUUGCACUCUUCUUCAAGAGCAAAGAUGUCAUGAUCUUCAAUGGCCUAAUAGGUCUAGGGACAGUGGCCGGUCAGACAGCAUACAACAUUUUUGCUUUUAACUGUCCCUGUUCACCACAGAAGAAUUACCUUUACGGCUUGGCUGCAAUUGGUGUACCAGCUCUGGCUCUCUUUAUCGUUGGGGUGAUGCUGAAUCAAAAUACCUGGGACAUUGUGUCAGAGUGCCGCACCAGAAAAUGCCGGAAAUUCUCACUGACUGCUGCCUUUGCUCUACUAGGCUCCGUUGUGGGAAGAGCAGUGGUCGCCCCAAUCACCUGGACUGUGAUUUCCCUCCUGAGAGGGGAGGCAUAUGUCUGUGCCUUAAGUGAGUUUAUAGACCCCUCUUCUUUGGACAAAUUCCCUCCAACUACACAGGCCCCAGAAAUCAUGUCCCGGUUUCCAUGUAAGGAUUUACCUGCUCCACUGAUGGUUUAUUCUGGAGAGGUUGAACGCCAGUUAAAGUAUGAAUCCCAGCUGUUAGGCUGGCUACUGGUAGGCCUUAUCUCCCUCUGCCUCUUUUUGCUCCUCUGCUUGAAAAACUGCUGCUCUCCUCUGGGCUAUCGUCAGGAGGCAUACUGGGACCAGUACCGUUCCAAUGAACAAGCUCUUUUCCAGCGUACUGCUGAGCUACAUGCUAAAAUCCAUGCUGCUGAGUGCGUGAAGAGCUUCUUUGGAUUUGUUGCCUUGGAAAAUCAGGAAAAGGAGCUUAUAGCUGACUGUAAGGAUGCUAAGACCGCCAUUCCCAGGCUGGAGUGGAACCGUAUCACAGGGGUUUACAUGUACAGAGAGAACAAUAACACUCCCAUGUACAGCCGCUUAGACAAAUGGGCCAUGUACGAAAAGGACAACAGCUGUUUGGCAAUUGAAAACUAAAUUAACAAGUUUGGCACAUUGUUGUGCUCUAUCUUUGGUAGUCAUGUAAUGAAUUCUGCAUCUCGCAUUUGUUAUCUGUUCUUGCAUGGCAAAUAUGCGCUGACAUGCUAGUGAAUGAAUGAUGUUGUUUUGUCAUUGAAAGCUGUAAUUCAGAUUUUUAAGUUACUAUACAUUUUUAUUUUCUGCAUAAUGUGUGGUCUGUUAGAUUCACUGAUGUUAUAAUAAGUAAAACUUUUAGAGUUUUAGAGUUUUUGGAGACUGUUUGGUAGCUCAAAUUGUCAUGUUAUGAUAACACACUAUACAAACUCUGUGGCAUUUCAUGAUGUACUCUCAGGUUGAGGUUGCGUCAACCUCUUGUUAUCCUUUAUGCAUUAAAGUGCAUCU